GCGUGCCUGUGUCGUCAUCGGAUCGCGCAGCUGCUACCGGAGUUACCUCGGAGCCCACGUGCAGUGCCGGGAUUUUCGAGUCAGCCUGGCUCCGGCAAUCAGACGGGUUUUAGCCAGUCUGUCGUAGGACUUUGUGGUCCAGGGCCGGCGCCUGUGGCUUUUGGGCUCCUCCAGAAUGGCGAUGCUGGCUGAACCUCGGCGGAAGCAGAAGUGGUCUGUGGAUCCCAGGAACACUGCAUGGAGUAAUGAUGAUUCCAAGUUUGGCCAGAAAAUGCUGGAGAAAAUGGGAUGGUCCAAAGGAAAGGGCCUAGGGGCUCAGGAGCAAGGGGCUACAGAGCAUAUUAAAGUUCAAGUUAAAAACAACCAGCUUGGGCUGGGAGCCUCAGCCAGUCAUGAGGAUGACUGGCUUGCUCCCCAAGAGGAAUUUAAUCAGCUUCUUGCUGAAUUGAAUAGUUGCCAUGGACAGGAAGUAAAAGAUUUCUCAGACAAGGAGAAAAAAUCAUUUAGCCUUGAAGAGAAGUCCAAGUCAUCAAAAAGACGUGUUCACUAUACAAAAUUUACAAAAGGGAAGGAUCUUUCUUCUCGGAGUAAAACAGAUCUGGAUUGCAUUUUUGGGAAAAGGCAAAAGAGUAAGAUUUCCAAGGAAGAUCAAAAUUUUAGUGCUGAAAGUGAAGAAAAAGCCACUCCCACAGUGACCAGUAACCUGACUGUACAGGAAUAUUUUGCCAAACGAAUGUUGGAACUAAAGAACAAGUCAGCAGCUAUACAUACAGAUUCUGAUCAAACCAAGCCUUUUGAAGAUAAAAGAGCUAAACAGAAAAAAGACAAGAAGAAAAGACAAGAAGCUGGGGCCUGGGACAAACCCAAGACCAAGCGUCCCAAAAAAGAGAGUCUGGAGGAGGAAGAGGGAUGUCGCCCUGACCAUAAGUCAAAGAAAACAACCCUUGCUGAGAACCAGGCUGGUGACCCUGGUUAUGAGCAGUGUCUGAAGGCUUCUCCACACAAGAGACUAGUUUGUGAUGAGCAAAAGCCUAGUACAGGAACCUCUGUCACAGAACCAAAAAAGAAGAAAAAGAAAAAGAAAGAGGAAAUGGACAUGGCAUCUGCCCAAGAUCAAACAUUAGAGAGGAGGAAAAAGAAAAAGAAGAAGAAGAAAAGCCUUGAAUAAAUAGAUUCUCUCGCUUGGACUUUUAGAUCAUUUGAAUGUCAUAAUACUCAGUGCAGCUCUAUGCAAAAAAAAAAAAUACACAAAUAAAAAAGCCUUGGCCUAAAGUCA